UUUCAUGUUAAACAGGGCGUUAGUUUUGUUGAGGGCCUUAGUUUUGUUGCAACAAUUCAUCUGCUUCACAUACAGACUACAGUGUCAGUCACUUGAAAAAAGCUGCUUCCACAGUUCCACUGUUCUCUGUAUUUCCAUUUUAAUUGAAGUUUGAAUUACCAAAUACUAGUAAUUGUUUUUCCCUGAAAUUGCAUUGACAUUUUCAAUUCUAUCAAAUCAUUCACAAAAUUGAAAGAAAGAAAAGAAAGAAAAUGAUGAUGUGUGUACAGUAAAUUGCUACCAUGAAAGUUCCUCCAGUCAAACCUCACUUUUUCAAACCUGUUCUUCCUGGUUUCAAGCAUGGUCUUAAAAUUCCUGUUGGUUUCUUGAAGCAUUUGGAAGGACCGGGGGAGAAAGAACGUGCAGCUGUACUGAAAAGGGACGGUAAGAAGUGUCUGGUCAAGCUAAAUGGCCAGAAACUGGAAGAGGGUUGGGAACAAUUUGCGGAGGAGCAUGAUUUGCAGUUAGGAGAUUUAUUGGUUUUCAGACAUGAUGGAAACAUGGAAUUUGAUGUUUCCAUCUUUAAUUUAAGUCACUAUGACAGAGAAUAUGCAGAGUAUUUGCUAGAAGAAGAAGAAGGCCAUACCAUUGAAGCGACUUCCAAAAUUUUUGAAUCCAAAGAAGCUGCUACUCACAACCCUAUUGGUCGAUCUCAGUUUAUAUGCACUAUUAAGCAGUAUUCCCUUAGAAAUGGUUACUUGCGCAUUCCUAAUAAAUUUGCUAAGGCGAAUGGUCUCAUCAACAAGGAUUGUGGUUUGAUUAUUAGAGAUGAAAGACAAAGGUCAUGGAAUUUAAGGAUAUAUACCUCUUGUUCUCAAGUCUAUAUGGGAGGAAGAUGGGGUGAAUUCCGUGCUGCAAAUGACAUAAAGGCGGGAGAUCAAAUAAUGUUUGAGGUUGUUAGUAAUGGAGAACAACCAGUCUGGAAAUUUCAUGAGUAUUUUCAACAAGAAGAAAAAGAAGCCCAUACUUUUGAAGAGACUUCUCAGAAAUUCGAAUUGAAAGAAGCUGCUCCUCACAACCCUUUUGGUGAAUCUCAGUUUGUAUGCACUGUUAAACAGUAUUACCUUACAAAUGGUUACUUGCGCAUUCCUAGUAAAUUUGCAAAGGAAAAUGGUCUCACCAACAAGGAAUGUGGUUUGAUUAUUAGAGAUGAAAGACAAAGGUCAUGGAAUUUAAGGAUGUAUACCUCUUGUCAUCAUGUUUGUAUUGGAGGAAGAUGGCGUAAAUUCUGUGUUGCAAAUGACAUAAAGGUGGGAGAUCAAAUAAUGUUUGAGGUUGUUACUAGUGGAGUACAACCAGUCUGGAAAUUUCAUGACAUAACAAACCCUUGCUCCGUAGAAGAGAUUUCCAAGAAUUCUGAAUUCAAAGAAGCUGCUUCUCACAACCCUAUCGGUCAAUCUCAUUUUGAAUGCACUAUUAAAUCAUAUUGCAUUUCAAAGGGUUACUUGCGCCUUCCUAGACAAUUUGCUGUGGCAAAUGGUCUCAUCAACAAGAAAUGUGAUCUGAUUAUCAGAGAUGAAAGACAAAGAACGUGGAAUUUAAGGCUAGCUACCCACAAUACUAUAGUCCAUAUAUUGGGUGGGUGGAAAGAAUUCUGCAUUGCGAAUGGCAUAAAGGAGGGACAUUAUAUGAUGUUUGAGGUUGUUGCUAAUGGAGAAAAACCAGUAUGGAAAUUUCACGACAAACCAAAUCCCAGCAUUGAGUCAUCAAGAAAGGCAUUUCCCCAUGUAGAAGAAGCUGCUGCACACAAGCCUUCUGGUCAUUCUCGUUUUGUAUGCACGAUUAAACCAUAUUGCCUUACAUAUGGUUACUUGUGCCUUCCAAAAGAAAUUGCCCUCAGAAAUGGUCUCAUCAGCAAAAAAUGCGAUUUGAUUAUUAGAGAUGAAUGUCAAAGGUCGUGGAAUUUAAUUUUACGUCCUUUUGGUACUAGCGUGUGUAUUAGAGGUGGAUGGGAUGAAUUCCGUGAUGCAUAUUGCCUAAAGGAGGGAGAUCACAUAAUGUUUGAGGUGGUUACUGAUGGAGAGACACCAAUAUGGAAAUUUCAUGGCAAAGUCUCCGAUGAGAUUGUAAGAAGCAUUAUUGAAGAAUGAAGCAGUUGGUGAUGGAAAAAAAAAAGGAAGACUGAAGCAAUUGAACAGUCCAUGUUAUGUUUUCUUCCACGAGAGUUGUAAGGAAGUUAUUAGUGACACAUUGGAGGAUUGGAACCCUGUGUACGGUAUUUCGGGGUGUAGCAGGGAACAAGGUUACAGGUUGUACGUGAAAUGAUACUUGGACUAAAGUGUUAUUUCUUAACCAUUGGAUCAACAAGUGUGUGAUAUGUUUGAGAAUUUCUCCGGAACUUCUUUCUAUUGCUACGCACUUAAGCUUGCCUAGUGGUCAAUGAAGUGGGUGAAAUUUGGAGACUAGAAUUCAAAUCUCAACAGAAACAACAAACAAAUAAUGACAGAUGGUUUCUUCCUAUCUUCCUAAGCCAUGUUGGGUAGAGUUAUAUAUAUACAUGUGCUGAUGGGAUGUAAGCUAGCUCGAAAACCAUCAUUAUCUUUCUGAAUGAGCUGUGGUCAUGUUAUGAAAUGAUUCAGUGUUAUCAACUUCCAUUAAUUCCUUUGAAUGAUUUGGGAAAUUUUCUUGUA